AUGUUCAAAGGCUCUAAAAGCCUCUGCUCGCCUAGCAGCCCAUUUGCCUCUACCAUGGACACCAAACUUUACUUUGCAAUUCUCUUGCUCAUCUUGUUCUCUUUUGUACCCAAAUCCGAUGCUCGCGGAGAAAUUGCCGUCUACUGGGGCCAAGACGAGCAAGAGGGCACGUUGACGAAGACCUGCAAUACCAGAAAAUAUGCUUAUGUUAAUAUAGCUUUCUUAUCAGCAUUUGGCAAUGGCCAAACCCCUAAAAUCAACUUGGCCGGUCACUGUGACCCCAACUCAGCCAAGGGGUGCCGGAGGGUCAGCAAUGGCAUCAAAAACUGCCAGGGUCAAGGCAUCAAGGUGAUGCUAUCGAUAGGCGGGGGCGAUGGCAGCUACACUCUAACAUCAGACGACGACGCCAGGACAGUCGCUGACUACAUAUGGAACAACUUCCUCGGCGGGUGGUCUAGUUCUAGGCCGCUAGGGGACGCUGUGCUUGAUGGCAUAGACUUUGAUAUAGAGCAAGGGGACUCGCACUACGCCGCGCUUGCUAGAAGGCUGUCCCAGUAUAACAACCGAGGGGGAAAGAGGGUGUACUUAACCGCAGCUCCACAGUGUCCAUUCCCGGACCAUUGGCUGAAUGAUGCUCUUAGAACAGGGCUGUUCGACUAUGUCUGGAUUCAGUUCUAUAACAACCCUUCUUGCGAGUUUAGCUCUAGAAGUCGUGGAGGCUUCAGGAUGGCCUGGAGGAAGUGGACAUCGUCCAUCCAGGCACGGAAGUUCUUCCUGGGGCUGCCGGCUUCCCGCGCGGCCGCUGGCAGCGGCUAUAUCUCACCGGAGACGCUGAGAUCCGAGGUGUUGCCUUUCAUCAAAGGGUUUCAAGGGUAUGGAGGAGUGAUGCUGUGGGAUAGGUAUAACGAUGUUCAAAGUGGCUACAGUUCUGCCAUCAAAGGGAGUGUCUGAGUUCUUCAUGGCCUAAUGACCUUACUAAUCUAAAUAAAAGCCAGCUCCUGUUUGCUAAUCUUGUAUGGGAUUCUCCAUAUUUGUACCAUGGAAGAAAAGGAGAGGAAAUUGAAAUGGGAAGGAUGAAGCAAAUCCACCUUCACAACAUUAGCUGAAAA